ACCAAUCAGGACGCAGAGCUGGGCAGGGUGGCGAUUUUGAAACUCGGACAAAACACUUCUGUUUUUGUCCAUGGACUAAAUGAUAAGACUUAAUAUUGUGUAGACGAUAUAAAUACAGUUUUUGGUGAAGGUCUCCGGUAUAAUCGACGGGAUGGAUGAAGAGGAGAACACUGACCGGAAGUUGCAGAUUGCCAUGCUGUGUCAGAAGCUGGAGAAGAUCAAGAGAUAUUAUAACGAUGAUGACACUGACAACAUUAACCAGAUCAUCAGUUCCAAUUCCCCUGACACAUGCCGUACCUUUUUGACUAAUCUUGAAAAGAAAGGCAAUCCUCAGUCCGAUCCUACGCUCUUGUCCAAAUUAAUGGACUGCUACACUCGAGUUUUCUCGAGCAUGCCACUAGGAAAACACAGCCAGAAUUUAAGCUAUGCAAAGAUGCUGGUCAGAUUUGCAGAACUUAAAGCUAUCCAGGAUGUCAAUGAUGCACGGGAUAGUUUUGACAUAGCAAGAUCCCACUGUAAGGAUUUUGCCUUUGUCCAUAUCGCAUAUGCUCAGUUUGAGCUUUUGCAAGGUGAUGGAAAGAAAAGUGCCUUGAUUCUUCAGCAGGCUAUUGAAAUGGGAGCUAAACCAUGGGAAUCUCUGGAAGCUGCAGUGCAAAAUUUAAAACUGGGUAAAUGUCUGCUUCUUUCCCAAGAAGAUAAAGAGAAUUUUGCAGUGACUGAAGAUCUACAAGAACCCAUAAAGAGCAACUUAUUGUCAAAAGUUGAUUCCAGGCAAUCUGAUGUAUCAGGUGACUUUCAGCUGGCCAGAGGUUUUUCUCUGGGAUCAGAUCAGAAGAACAGCCCCCCCGAUGACCCCAUGCCAACCUGGAGGUCCGGAUCACAACGCAAAAGAACGAUUGCAAUGCCUGGGAGGAUUCCAAUGGUCCCUCUGUCUAUUCCUGAAAAUGAAAACAUUGACAGUGUUUAUAAGCCCGAGGCUCCCAGCUAUGGCAGCAGUUUGUCUAGGUCAACAUAUCGCCCAAAUGCAUUUGCACUUUCCUCUUCGAAGAAGAGUUCUGGAGAUGGUGAUUCUUAUAACUACAACCUGUUAAAUCUCAAGCCGCUUGUUAUUAGUCCAGAGCCACAUCCUGGGGAGGACAUUGUUGAUGUGGACUCCACCACAGCACUUCUGCACAGACCAGAAAGGAGAGACAUUACCGAUUUCAAUAGCCAGAUAAUGGGUUCAAACUCUCCUGAGGCCUGCUACACGUACCUCACUGACCUGGAGAAGACCAAUGACCCUCGCACAGACGCUGCUUUUCUCUCCAGGCUGUUGGGUUGCUACUCUAAAGUGUUCACCAGAUUUCCUCUGGCACAGUAUAGCAAGCUUGAAAGCUAUGCACGGAUGCUGGUCAGAUACGCCGAAUUAAAAGUAAUUGAAGAUCCUGAUGAAGCAGAAGAUAAUUUCAUCAUUGCCCGAGCAAACAGCAAAGCCUUUGCCUUUGUCCACAUUGCCCAUGCUCAAUUUGAGCUCUCACGAGGUAAUGGUAAGAAAAGUGCUUCCAUUCUGCAAAAGGCUGUGACAUCAAAUGCAAAACCAGUUGAACUUCUUCAUAUGGCAAUAAGGAAUUUAAAGUCUGGAAAAACCCAACUUCUCCCUGUGGAAAGUAAAGAGAAUGUUGCAGUCUCAGCAGGAGUUUUCAGUAAUGGAGGAAGUAAGGAGGAAGAGAACCCGUUGAGAAUUUCUACAAAUAAAACGCAGCCUAAAUCAUACCCUGUGGAAAGCUUGCCUGAAUGGAAGAUUCCGGCAAGUGUCAACAGACAAGCGUCUCCAGAGGAACAGAAGCGUGCUAUCGAUCCCGUUCCCACUCCACGGCCUCUUCAGUUGCUUAGAACUCCCUCUGCCUCAGCUGUUUCAGUUCCUUCCAGGAUAAACCCAGUCAUUAGCUGCCAGACACCCAACUACAAAGACUUCCAUGCAAACAGUUUUGUUACACCUGUUGUGAAACAGAGACCAACUGUUGUGUCCGUUCCGUCUCAGAGGGUUGGUCAUGCUCAAUUGCCCUGUACCCCACAGAGUCAGGUGUCUUAUGUGCAGCAGACACCACAGGGUUCUGUCAGUACCCUCUCUAAUGAAUCGAUCACCAUCAAAGGCAAACAAUUCUUCAUUUUAAAGAUGAUCGGCAGAGGUGGUUCCAGUAAGGUUUACCAGGUUCUGGAUCAGAAGAAACAACUGUAUGCUGUAAAAUAUGUGAACUUGGAGGAAGCAGAUGCCCAGACAGUUGAAAGUUACAAGAAUGAGAUUGAGCACCUGAACCAUCUCCAGCAGUACAGUGACCAGAUCAUUAAACUGUAUGACUAUGAGAUCACAGACAGUUACAUCUAUAUGUUAAUGGAGUGUGGCAACCUGGAUCUCAACACAUGGCUUCGCAACCGCAAGACUGUCAACUCACUGGAAAGGAAGUUUUACUGGAGGAACAUGCUGGAGGCUGUGCAGACUAUCCACAAGCAUGGAAUUGUCCAUAGUGACUUAAAGCCAGCUAAUUUUGUCAUUGUAAAUGCCUCACUGAAGUUAAUUGACUUUGGCAUUGCAAACCACAUUCAGCCAGACAUGACAAGUGUUAUGAAGGACUCACAGGUGGGGACACUAAACUACAUGCCACCAGAGGCUAUUAAAGACACGUCAUCCAAAGGUGGAAAGCCAAGGUCAAAGAUCAGUCCAAAGGGAGACGUCUGGUCACUUGGAUGCAUACUGUAUUGUAUGACCUAUGGGAAAACCCCGUUCCAGACCAUCACCAACCAGAUCACUAAGCUUCAUGCUAUUAUUGAUCCAUCCCAUGAGAUUGACUUCCCUGACAUUCCUGAGAAGGAUCUUUUAGAUGUACUGAAGCGGUGCCUGGUGCGGAAUCCCAAAGAGCGAAUCUCGAUUGCAGAACUGCUCGAUCAUCCAUACUUACAGCUGCAGCCCCAACAACCUCCUGAACGAGUGGAACCGUGUUCCAACAAUGAUCUAAAGAGAAUUCUGAAUGAGUUGGCUGCCUUACAGUCUCCAAACAGCAUUGCAAGAGCUGCUAGUAACCUGGCAAAAAUGUGCAACAGUGGGAAGAAACUGGAUGUUUCCGAGUGUGUCAGGAGCUCUAGUCAGUCUUCUUGGAAGUGAAUAUUCGGAUGUGGUUAAAAUAUAUAGUCAUAAAUAGUUUCUAAUAAUAGUUUCACAAAACAACACAUUCAUUGGAUUUCUUCAACAGGACUUACUUUUCUUUCAUUUUUAGGUCUUAUUUUGAACUGAGGAAAAAGAACUCGUGACUUGUUUUCAUUGCUUAAAAACCCUUUAUAUCCUCUAUCUCUUAUAGAGGUCAGUUUCUAUUAAAUUCAAACCCCUUUUUAAUUGCAACAUUUCCCAUGAUCUCUUUCUGUAUGUGUAAGAUUCUUACAAAUAAACUUACCCUGUAAGGUA